AUGCUGUCACCGAUAGUUUUUAAACCCCAUCGUGCCUCCAAAAGAAUUUCCAACUUCAAAGGUUUGUCCAGUGCAAAGAGAUUUAGUGUGCAAGAAUCGAGUUCUCGUGAGCAGGAGUGCAAGGUUUUAGUCAAUUUGGUGCAAGAAUUCGGACAGGAAACCACACUUCAUGGCGUAAACGUAAUGCUGGCGCCAGGUGUGAGCAAAUUUGAACGCGCUCUCAGCACGAUCGCCUUUGUCGUCGCCUUUAUUCUCCUCGUCUGCAUGUGCCUCUUUCUCGCAUCACGCUUUGCGAAGGGACAAUUCAAGACAGUCGUCGAAAACACACACUUUCCAUUAUAUAAAGUGAAAUACCCCGAGGUGACGAUUUGCAAUAAGAAUCGGCUUAAUUGGUCGCGUCUACUGGAGGCGAAGGAUAAAUUCCUGCUACCGACGCAUCGCAAUAACUCCAAAGAGGAGCUCUUUACCGAAAUAAUUGGACUUUACGACACCUUCGUCUUCGGUAAAUUCGAUCGUUUCGCACAGUUAGAGAAGCAACCGCUAGAUGAGCUGAAUUAUAUCAAUUUCACUGCUGUUGCACGUUUUAUGGCCUGGCGUUGCUGGGAGAUCCUCACGCAUUGCAAAUGGCGGAGCCACGUGUACAAGUGCUGUGACAUCUUCAUGGAGCGCCGUUCACAGUUAGGUUUCUGUGUGUCCUUCAAUUCUGUGGAAAGGCCUAAAUGGCAUAAAAAUGACUCAACUUGGCCUUGGCGCACGGAUAGAGGUGGAAAGUAUGCGGGACUCGCCGUUAAGGUUGUGUUGAAUAAACAACAACAUUUUACGGGCGGUAUUGAUGGCAUAACGGUAAUGAUUGUGGAACCGGACGUCUGGUACUACACACCAAUGGAUAUCCCCGGUCAGACGCGAACGCGGCUCACUUUGGAUGGUUUUCUUAAUAAGUAUGAAGACGAGACGAGGCGUAUAUCCUCCAGCGAACGUGGUUGUGUAUUUAAGGAUGAGCAGAAUAGUGAUGACUUCAAAACGCUUUACGGUCAUCGCUAUCGCUUUGAAAAUUGUCAUUCUCAGUGCCAGCAGGAGUACCUCAUAAAGUAUUGUAACUGUACGUUGGACAUAUUUUUUCCACCGAGCCCAUAUCCACACUGCAGACUCGUGGAUUUGCCUUGCCUGGCUAAAUAUAACAACUAUCUUGUCAACUUCGAGAUACCUGGUCAGGAGAAGUACAUGUCCAGCAAAUAUCCGGGCAUUGUGUGUAGCUGUUUUGUGAGCUGCGAUUCCCUACGCUAUUUUGUCGCAAUCAAAUCAAGGGACCUUAUGCCUUCGGAAUAUGUGGAGAACCGUACCGUAGUUGAUUUAGACGUGUAUUUUGAGCGGGACUUCAUUACGAAGUAUAAGACGAUUUUGGUCUUCACUUGGGUCGAUUUAAUUGUUUCGUUUGGCGGCACCACUGGUUUGUUUUUGGGUUGCUCUCUUAUAAGUCUUGUGGAACUGGUUUACUUCUUUUUUAUCGUCGUACCGAGACGUAUUAGAGAUAAACAAGGGCAACCACAUCAACUACGACGCAGACCGUCCAGGGCCGAGCAAACUCAAAUUAAGUUGAGAGAAUAUCGGGAUGUGUACAAGGCGCAGCAGAAGUUCUAA